GCUCUGUGUCCCCUGCUCUACAUUAAAGUGCAUCUCACUCUUCUGUUUACAAGCUGCCAGUUAGCUGUAAAAAGGUCAUUGACCCAAUAGCCCCAAGAUACACUGCCCUACUAAGCUCGCAGUUUGUUCCAGUCUGCAUUUCUGAGGCCAAGGAGGAGAUGAAAGAGGUUGCCAAACAUCCCAAGAAUGCAGAUGUGGGAAUGAAGCAGGUGUGGUACGGGCCAAAGGUCCUUAUUGAGGGAGCUGAUGCAGAAACUUUCACAGAGGGUGAGACCGUCACCUUCAUCAACUGGGGAAACAUCAUAAUCACCAAAAUCCACAGGGAUGCCAGUGGAGCGAUCACGUCUCUGGAUGGUCAUCUGAACCUAGAGAACACUGAUUAUAAAAAGACUACUAAGAUCACCUGGCUCGCUGAAUCCAGCCGCGCUCCACUCGUGCCCACUGUCUGCGUCAACUACCAGCACCUCAUUACCAAGCCGGUUUUGGGCAAGGAUGACGAUUUCAAGGCUUACAUCAACAAGAACAGCAAGAUAGAGGAGAAGAUGCUAGGAGACCCUUGCCUGAAGGACUUGAAGAAAGGUGACAUCAUACAGCUGCAGAGACGAGGUUUCUAUAUCUGUGAUCAGCCUUAUGAGCCAAUCAGCCCCCACAGCUGCAAGGAGAGUCCCUGUGUCUUGCUGUACAUCCCAGAUGGACACACAAAAGAGAUGCCCACUGCUGGCUCCAAGGACAAGAGCAAGAGCCAGACAGCUGCUAAACCUGUGAAGGCAGAGUCUGUUCCUCUGAGCAAAGCCAAGCAGGCUCCUGUGUCCAGCCCAGCGCCAGCCGCACCAGGAGACUCUUCCGUCCUGUACUCCAGCCUUGUGGCUCAGGGAGACCUGGUCAGGCAGCUCAAGACAGACAAGGCCCCUAAAGAGCAAGUGGACGCUGCUGUAAAGCAGCUCUUGGCCUUGAAAUCUGAGUUUAAACAACUGACCGGACAGGAGUACAAACCUGGCAUGGCUCCACCCACAUCUGCUCCAGCACCGAAGAGCUCCACCCCCACCGCUGCAGCAGAAAGUCCGAGCCCUGCCUCCACCGGUUGUCCAUACACUCGUGUUGCUGAGCAGGGCGAGGUGGUUAGUAAACUGAAGGCUGAAAAAGCACCCAAGGAGCAAGUAGAUGCUGCAGUGAAACAGCUCUUGGCUCUUAAAGCUGAGUUUAAACAGCUCACUAGUCAAGAAUACAAACCAGGCAUGGCUCCUCCCACAGCAUCUCCCCCGCAGCCCGCGCCUUUACCUGACUCCUCCACUGCUGCCACAUAUGGGCGUGUGUCCGAACAGGGGGAGGUGGUCAAAAAGCUGAAAGCAGAAAAAGCACCAAAAGACCAGAUUGAUGCUGCAGUGAAGCAGCUUUUGGCUCUGAAGGAAGAAUAUAAGCAGGUGAUAGGGCAGGACUACAAACCCGGAGUUCCCCCUGCUGGUGCAUCUCCAUUGACUCCAGUUCAGCCUGCUGCAGUGUCUGGCUCCUCUGACAGCUCUCCUAAGGCUAUUUAUGAUCGCGUCUCUCAACAGGGAGAACUUGUGAGGACAUUGAAAACAGAAAAGGCACCCAAGGAUCAGAUAGAUGCUGCUGUGAAGGAGUUGCUCACUCUUAAAGCCGAGUACAAGCAGCAAACUGGACAGGAUUACAAAGCAAGUGUGCCUCCAUCUUCAGGCCCCGCCCCUGUACAAUCUAGCCCUGCCCCACCCCAAUUUAGCUCCUCCCAGCCUCAAUCCAGCUCCUCCCCUCAGGCUCAAGCGCUGUUUGCAGACAUAGCCCAGCAGGGGGAGCAAGUGAGACGGCUUAAAGCAGAGAAAGCUCCUAAGGAGCAAGUUGAUAAAGCAGUGAAGACUCUGCUUGAACUGAAGGGUCAGUAUAAAGCCCUCACUGGUGAGGAGUACAAGCCUGUGACCACCCCAGGAUCCUCAGGGAACACGGGAGGAGAAGACAAGAGCCGCAAGGACCGAGAGAACAAGUCUGAGAAGCAGGGAGGAGGAGGAGGAGGAGGAGGACGCAAGCAACAGAAAGGAGGAGAGAAACCUCAACAAGUUCAAGACUCUGGAGCAAGUGGAGCAGGAGAUGGCCAGGGGCCAAAGAAACAGACACGGCUGGGACUGGAGGCAAAGAAAGAGGAAAACCUGGCUGAGUGGUACUCGCAGGUGAUCACCAAGGCUGAGAUGAUCGAGUAUUACGACGUCAGUGGCUGUUACGUGUUGAGGCCCUGGUCUUACUCUAUCUGGGAGGCUAUCAAAGAAUUCUUUGACCGGGAGAUCAAGAAGCUGGGUGUGGAGAACUGCUACUUCCCCAUGUUUGUCUCUCAGGCUGCCCUGGAGAAAGAGAAGACCCACAUUGCAGAUUUUGCUCCAGAGGUUGCUUGGGUGACAAGAUCAGGAAAGACAGAGCUGGCAGAGCCCAUCGCUGUGCGUCCCACUAGUGAGACAGUGAUGUAUCCUGCCUAUGCCAAGUGGGUUCAGUCACACAGAGACCUGCCAAUCAAACUCAACCAGUGGUGCAACGUCGUGCGUUGGGAGUUCAAACACCCCCAGCCCUUCCUGAGGACCAGAGAGUUUCUUUGGCAGGAGGGACACACAGCGUUUGCCACUAAAGAGGAAGCUGCAGAGGAGGUUCUGCAGAUUCUGGACCUGUAUGCUCGGGUGUACCAGGAGCUGAUGGCCAUCCCUGUGGUCAAGGGCAAGAAAACAGAGAAGGAGAAGUUUGCAGGAGGAGACUACACCACCACUGUGGAGGCUUACAUCUCAGCAAGCGGUAGAGCUAUUCAGGGUGCCACAUCUCAUCACCUGGGCCAGAACUUCUCCAAGAUGUUUGAGAUUGUCUUUGAGGACCCUAAGAAACCAGGUGAGAAGCAGCUAGCCUACCAGAACUCAUGGGGCAUCACCACGCGUACCAUCGGAGUCCUGACGAUGGUUCAUGGAGACAACAUGGGCCUGGUGCUGCCACCUAGAGUAGCAUGUCUACAGGUCGUCAUCAUUCCUUGUGGCAUCACAGCCACUCUCCCAGAAGCAGAGAAGGAGCUUCUGUUGGCCCAGUGCUCCAAAUAUCUUUCUAGACUACAGAAGGCCGACAUCAGAGUCAAGACAGACCUGCGUGAUAACUACUCACCUGGCUGGAAGUUCAAUCAUUGGGAGCUGAAGGGUGUGCCCAUAAGGUUGGAGGUUGGGCCAAAGGACUUAAAACAGGGCCGGUUUGUAGCAGUAAGAAGAGACACAGGAGAAAAGCUCACUGUGCCAGAGGCUGACGCUGAGAAGAAAAUCUUAAACCUUCUGGAAGAGAUCCAGAACAACCUCUUUAAACGGGCCUCUGAUGAUUUGCACAAACACAUGGUUGUGGCUGAUACAAUGGAGCAAUUCCAGAAAGAUCUGGACCAGGGAAGAAUUGUGCAGAUUCCCUUCUGUGGAGGCAUUGAGUGUGAGGACUGGAUUAAAAAGACAACAGCCAAGGAUCAAGACCUGGAGCCUGGUGCACCUUCAAUGGGAGCCAAGAGUCUGUGUAUCCCCUUCGAGCCCUUGAAGAAACUGCAGGCCGGUCAGAUGUGCGUCAGCGGCAAAGAGCCUGCGCAGUUCUACACGCUGUUUGGUCGCAGUUACUGAGACCGUUUUCCACCCCUAAAAUAAUGACUCUUCUUCUUAUCAAAUGCACUUGCAGCAUAACUGUAAGACAUCUGUCAUCUCCUCUAACCACGCAAAAUACUACUUUUCACUAUAUUUUAGAGGAAUCCCCUCUAUUUUUCUGGUCACGGGUUUACUAGCUGGCACGCAGAGAGUUUUAGGCUGAUAUUAGAUGUUCUAUGCGGGCCAUACUUAACCUUUGCGCAUCUUUGUCCUAAAUAACUGUCUGACAAUUGUAAUGAAUUAAAUAUUAUCGGUAAUAAAGGGAUUCUUAAUUU